AUGAAGUUUCUGUUGAGGGUUUUUUUAAAAUACUUCGAUCAGCCAAUCGCAGAGACACUCGGCACCCACAACCACUGGCGCGAAAAUGGGACACAAAAUGUCUUUAAUUCAGUUAGUAUUGGUUCAAAUAAAACUAUGAGUUCUGCACAAAAAACAGCCGAAGUCCAGUCUCCUCCAGGAGAUACAGUAUCGUGUCUUCGCUUCAGUCCUGAGUCCAUGCAAACAACCUUCUUGGCUGCUACCAGUUGGGAUAAUCGUAUUAGAAUUUGGGAAGUCCAAGCCAAUGGUUCUACCAUUCCCAAGGCUGAGCAGAUGCAUCAAGGCCUGUAUUUGGGGCUUGUUGGAGCACUGAUGGUUCGAAAAUUUUCAGUGUAUCAGCAGACAAAACUGCGCAAAUGUGGGAUCUUGGUUCAAACACUUUCGCGCAAGUUGGUGUACAUGAUGCUCCCGUUAAAACUGCUCAUUUUAUUACCGCUCCAAAUUAUUCUUGUUUGA